CGUGAUUUCAAUUUUUUAAAAUGGUUAUCAAAAAUUUACGGAAUUUCUUCAGGAUUUAUUUAUUAUUAUUCUUUAUUCUACUUGUAUUUUUCAUUACCUGUGGGCUCACUCAACAGCCGGAGUACCGUGAUCGUGAUAGCAUUUCCACUGAGAAGUUUAAGCGCCUCGAAGAUUUCGAUGAACCGACAUGGAAGUUAAUUCUGUCAGACGAAAAGAGAAUAAAGCUCAAAAAUGACACUAAUAAAUACAUAGACGUAGUAAUUAAAAAUUAUACGGUAACACCUCGGAAAAUAAUAAUAAUGGACAGAAUCCAGCCGGUCGGUUCAGAAGCACAAGACAAGAUCAAAAAGAAGUUUCGAAUGAGAAAUCAUAAAAAAUCCCGGGGGAAAAUCCGGCGUUUGAAGAAGGGUAGGAAAAAAAUCUACUCUGAUGAAUUGAAAAGGAAAAACUACCAGAGGAUUUUCAAAUCCGUCGAUAUUAAAAAUUACGAUGAUGAAAAUUUCGAGCAGCAACUGCUUAAGGAUUUGCAUCAGCAAGUUAUAAAUUCCAGGAGCUCUAUCAUAUCUAAUUACGAUCAAUUUGAAAAUAAUACUAAUAAUAAUAAUAAUAAUUUAAAUGCGAAUAAUUCAAAUGGGGACGUAUCCUGCAUGGAAGGUAAAUUUAUUCCAGCGCCAGUUGUUCCUCACGCUCUUAUUAAAUAUGUUAAGUCGUCAAAACCACACGCGGAAUAUUUGGAGGCAAAUUAUGAGUGCGCUGAGGGCUUUGUGUUGUCGUCAAAUACAACAAGACUGUUGUGCAAAAACCGACAAUGGAUCGGAGCCUCGGUACCUUCAUGUACACCCAAGAAUAAUAAUAACUAUCGUGAAAUAUGCUCCCGUUCAUCUUGUGAUCAGAUUUGCAAGCAAGUCGACAAUAAACCUACUUGUUUUUGUUACGAGGGCUUUUAUCUUCAGGAUAAUAAGUGCAUUGAUAUUAAUGAAUGUGAGAACGCAAAUGGAGAAUGUGAAUACGAGUGUGUGAAUACUCCAGGCAGUUAUCGAUGCGAGUGUCCGCAAGGGAUGAAAUAUGCACAAGACAAGUCUCACUGUGAAGAUUUGAAUGAAUGCUUGGAGAACAACGGACGGGGGCCGUGUCAAGAUAGCUGUCAAAACUUGGAGCCAGGAUACUCGUGUGGGUGCGAGGGCCUGCCGGGCACGAUCCUUUCAGCUGACAAUCAUACGUGCGGUAAUGCGAGUCCUUGCGCGAUAAACAAUGCAGGAUGCUCUCAUACUUGUCUUUCAACAAAGGGAAGAGUUUUUUGUCUUUGUCCCGAUGGAUUUAUGUUGCAAGACGACUGGAAAACUUGUCAAGACAUUGAUGAGUGCGCGGUUCCGGAUCUGCAAAACGAAGUUUGCAAAUUCGGGUGCAUAAAUACACCAGGCUCUUACCGGUGCGCUCAACAGGACGAACUUAAUGAUCAGCCAGCUGAUGAGAAAAUUGAUCCGUGUCCCAAAGGGUAUCAUGAGUCGACGAGAUCAACCUGUGUUGAUGUAAACGAGUGCGAGGACAACAACGGAGGAUGCAGUGAAGUCUGUGAGAACACCAAUGGCAGUCAUUUUUGCGCCUGCAACGGUGAUGAACGGAUUUUAUCGCCUGAUGGAAAAUCUUGCACGGACAUAAACGAAGUAUCGUGUUCGUCUUUGGAUGUACCAAAAAGAGGAUCGUUAAUCUGUUCACGUCAGUCAUCUCAUAGUGUGUGGUCAGCACACAAAGCACUUAAUAAUCUGCCGGGUACUAAAUGCUCCUUGAGAUGUCCACGAGGGUAUUAUAUCCUCGGAGAAUACGAGCUCACGUGUCGUCAAAAUGGAAACUGGGACGGCAUUAAGACCGGGCAGUGUACCAAGUGCCCGACCGACAUAAGGACAAUCGAAGAAGAAAUGUUCAUAAAAAUAAACCAGCCGACAACGAGCGUGGUGUUCAAUCAGCAAAUAGAACCCCAGAAACAGAAGCGAGUGCGUUUAGCUGUAAAUUUGGACCGCGGACUUCACAAAAUAAUUUUCUUUAAAACUCCGUCUUCAUCUUUGGUUUCCUCUUCAUCGACUACCAACGUAUACUCCAACUGUUCAAUCCACACAAAUAUUAAAGAUGGCGAGUCACCAAAAAUAUAUAAUUGCCCUAACAAUAACAACAGUCCAUUAAUGAAAUGGAGCAAAGAAGUAUCCGCAGAUAGUAUUGAAAUCACUUACAUCAAUAAUGAGAGCCUUGAUGAAAGGUCCUUUGAUAUUGACUGGAAUACCACGUACAAGCCAAUUGACGAGGAUACUUGGUCAUCUAAUUGCACCUUUAAUGUUAUUAUUAGUACUGAAUAG